AUGAAAGUAAUGUGGCAACCGAAACAGGGAGCUGUCGUUCUUGUUGAUGGUUUUUGUGGUGGAUAUUUGUAAUCACAGUCAACUUGUUUUCCUUGUUUGAAAAAGAGGACCAUCACUAUGUCUUACGCUUACCUCUUCAAAUACAUUAUUAUUGGAGAUACGGGUGUUGGGAAAUCUUGCCUUUUGCUUCAGUUUACAGACAAGAGAUUUCAGCCUGUACAUGAUCUUACUAUUGGUGUUGAGUUUGGUGCCCGUAUGAUUACUAUUGAUGGAAAGCAGAUCAAGCUACAGAUCUGGGAUACUGCAGGACAGGAGGCAUUCCGUUCUAUAACGAGAUCCUACUACAGAGGAGCUGCCGGGGCUUUGUUGGUUUAUGACAUCACUAGGAGAGACACUUUCAAUCAUCUGACUACCUGGCUUGAAGAUGCUCGUCAACAUUCUAAUUCCAAUAUGGUUAUCAUGCUUAUUGGGAACAAAAGUGAUCUGGAAUCGCGCCGUGAAGUGAAGAAAGAAGAAGGUGAAGCCUUCGCUCGUGAGCAUGGGCUCAUUUUCAUGGAAACCUCCGCUAAGACUGCUGCCAAUGUGGAGGAGGCUUUCAUCAAUACAGCUAAGGAGAUCUAUGAAAAAAUCCAAGAAGGAGUUUUCGAUAUUAAUAAUGAGGCAAAUGGCAUUAAGAUUGGACCCCAGCAUUCUCCUACUAACCCUAACAUGCCAAUGAGUGGACAGGGAGCCAGUCAAGGAGGUGGUUGCUGCUGAUUCAAGACUUUGUUUUUGUACAUUCUUUCCAAAGCAGUCGCAGUGCAUGUUUUCUACGAGACCUUUAGAAGCCUCCUUUAUGUUGAUCUCAUGAAAACCAGUAUAUGUUUUUCUGGGAAAAACUAAUACUUCGAUUGGCUGGAUCCCAAAUCAUCACUCUUGUAAUUCUUUUAAUAGGGCCAAUAUUUACUUUAUUUCUUAUUAUAUAUUGGGAUUGUUUAAAAGUAAUUAAUUUAUACGCAAAGUCACAUUUAUAUCUAUCUAUAUAUAUGUAUGUAUUAUGUAUAUAUUCUAAGUCAUACAUUGUCUUUGUGACUCAUUUGUUUUUAAGAGAAAGAAGAAAAAUAUUAUUUUAAAGACUGCGGAAAUUCUAAUAAUUGAUUUUGUGUGUAAAGAUUUAUUUGAUGGUAGUUGUAUUUGCCUGAAUCUUUAAGUAUUAUUCAGCCUCAUAAAAAAUAAUUUUUUUUAAAGAAAUUCCAAAGCAUGAAUGGAAAUCCAUUGACUGUAUUCCAUGAUUUUCAUUCAAACCAUUUACUUUGUGCAUCAGUGUUCAGAUUUGAAAAGUCUCGUCAGUUCUGGUUUCAACAGACAUGCUGCGAUGUGAAAACUAUGUCAUAAAAUAUUUUCUUUCAAACUAUAUUUAUUUGCUUGAUAUUAGGAUUUUGUUUUGUCACAUGUUUUGAGUUGUCAGAUCAGAUUUCUUUUUAUCAGAUAAAACAUAGCAAGAAUUUACUGUCAUUUAUUUAUGUAUAUUGGUCCAACCCACCUGUAUAAUUUUUGUGUAUUGAAUAACCAGUUUUAUAAUGUGUGCAUUUUGAAUACACUGUAAUGUGGGUUUAUUGAAUUAAAGUGAAUGUUUUUUGGCUGCCAUUAAAAAUGUCAUUCAUUUAGUGUCCAAAUUUGUACUGACACUUGUGUCUGAAGUGUUAAAGAGUGAUUUUUUUUUUAUUCCCCAUAUCAUAUUCUUCAGAAAUAUAAUAACUUGCUGUUAUUUUAUCAUUCAUAUUAACAUUUAAUUUAAAAUAGACAACUAAAAGUUCUUUAGAAGUGUGAAUCUAAAUCAUAAUAUUAGUACAGAGGCAGCAAAUGUCUUUUGUAUUCUUCUUACUUUUCUAUGCUUCAUAAGUUUUGCAAAAAAAUAUUUAUUAAUAGCACAACCAAGAGUUAUUGGAGAAAAAGUUUAAAAAAAAAAAAAAAAAAAAGAUUUCUUACUAUCAAAUAUAUAACUGAAUUUGGACACAAAAAGUGAGAAAUUUCUCAUUGUAAAUGAAAUUCUAUUAAUGUAUAGACUUUUGUUUAAUACAAUUGAAAAGAUGUCAUAGAUGCUGGUUUCCCCCUUCCCCAUUAAUGUACUGUCUCUUCUAAUAUAAAUACAUAUAUAAUUUUUUUAUAUUCUUUUUAUAUUGAGAAAGCAAAAUGUUUAUUACAUUUAUUUGUGUUAUCAGUGUAUGAAUUUCACUUUUUUUUUUUUUUUUUUUACUGCAAAACACUUAGUUCUGAUUCAGUUGAAGUAAUAUAACUUUAUUUUUAACAACUGCAUGUCUUUGUGUAAAAAUAGAACUCUGUAAUUGAUUGUGAUUGGGAUAAAAUGAUAGCAAUGCUUAAAAUAUAUUAAUCAAAAGGCAUAAUCUGUUGUCUUUUUCAUUACAAUUUUAUAUACUAUUGAUUUAAACUUUCUACACAAUUGUGUCGAAAUCAGCAAGAAUUUUUGAGGUAUUCAUAUAUUAAUGUAGAUUAAACAUCUUAUAAGCACUUUUGUUUUAAUUAAAAAUUAUUAAAUGCAAUUCUAAAAUAUUGGAAUUUUUUGAAUACUUGUGUCAGAAUUCAAACUCUUACUUUACUUGUAAAAAUUUUUGCUUUAUGCUGCUACUUUUUUCCACAAUACUUAAAAGUUCCAAUUAUUUAGGGUUGCCACAUCACCGGGAAACACAGGAAACUUAAAAAUCGUCUAAUAAAACUAGAAAGAUGUGAAAAUUAUCAUAAAAACAGGGAAUUUUAAGUUUCUUAGUUAUUUUUUCCCCCAUCUAAAAUAAUGCUGAUCUUGAAAGAUUGUAAGAAUAAAAGAUCAUAGUCAUAGCUUCCAAAAGUGAUACAAUACAAUUCAUGAUUUUGUGAUUGUUAUGAUUUUGUCUCAUCUCUUUUCUGCUCUCCCCCUAUUUUUCUGUUUUGAUCAGUCAAGUUUCGAUUUGUAAGACAAUUGUUCUUUUUCCGUGAGAUUCCUGAAUUGCAGCUAAGGAGCAUGUGCGAGACUUCUGUAACUGUGUGAAAGAAUGGAAUAUAUUUCUCUGCCAGGAACAUUCAAUCUGUGGAGCCCUGUGGUAUUUAGUACGCCAUAUUUGAGUUUAUUGAAUGGUUUGUUUAUUAUUUUAGAAAGUUUGAACUUAUUCAAAGUAGAUAAGAUAAUUUUUUUUUAAAUAGUGAGCUGCUUAAAAUCCGUAUUUAAUACGAAUUGGAUGGAUACAAAAACAAUCUUGAUAUUGCUGAAUGGGUUCGAGAAGUUCCGCAAAAUCCAUAUUGUUUGCUUUGUAAGAAGAUAAUAAGCCUAAGUAAUAUGGGAAAAAGGCACUUACAAUCAUGCUAAAA